AUGGUGGCAUCAUCAGCACCUUUCAGCGCUGUGCUUCAUCAGCUCUUAUCCACAGCUAAACCAACAUCCUCCAAGGGCAAGGGAAAAGCUCGAAACCAGCCCUCUGAUUUCCUGACUCGUCCUAUUGAAAGCAACAACGACUGGAAUGAGUCUGUCAAGGCAUUCUGCAGUCUUGUAGAGAAAUACAGCGAAGCCAACAGCGCGAAAAGAGAGUUACCUGCUGUCAACUUUGGCGAUGAUGUCGAGUUUAAUGCACCCGAGAAACCAUUCGUAGCACCCGCUUCUGCAUCACAGGAAGAGCAGCGUAAUGCAGAACCUAUCCCAGAAUCACUUCCAGUAGCAGCAACAACAGAAUCAGUACUUCAACAGCAAACGACAUCAUCUACUGGCACUGCAGCCAUCUAUGAUCGCAACUGGCUUUUACAACAAGCUCGCAUCCAAGUGACAAAUCAAGCUGAUCUCGGCAUGGAUGAACGUCAAUUAUGUGGUGAUAUAUUCACUAUUAUUCGUUCUGGUGGUUCAGAUGAUGAUAUACAGAUGUCUCUUGUCGAAUUACUAGGAUACGAGGCUUUGGAUCUCAUUGCAGAUUUGAUAUCGCAUCGAUCCACUAUUGUACACAACAUUAUUCGUAUGUCGGAUUACGACGAGCAACAGCCUCGAGGAAGAAUCACAGCACCUCCUACUUCCACUGAAGCAAAACGACCUGUGUAUGGAACUCAAUUUAUCGUGCAAUCUGAAAAAGAAUUGAAAGAGGAGAAGCGAUUGAGAAAGGAGCAGAAGCGAGCCAUGAAGAACCAGAAUCGAACAGAAGAUGAUGCCAAUGCCGUGUCCAUGAGUAUUUUGGGAUUUGAUGGAGAGGAUUUACGACAAGCCAGAGAGAACGCAUUGAUCAAUGCAAGCCAAGCACCGUUGUUCAGCUCGAGCCACAAGUCCAAGGCAGCACCCACGUAUCCUCAUGUUUAUCAAGCAGCUCAAAGUGGAGGCACAUUGUCCUUGUUUGGAACACGCUAUGCUCUACCAGCAGGUACUGUGCGUGAGGAAUUCAACGACUAUGAAGAGACAACCAUUCCCGUGCCCAAAGUAGCGCCAGUGCGUACUGGUGAAAGACGUAUUCCCAUCUCAGAGAUGGACGCUUUGGCUCGCGGCGCCUUCAAGGCUUACGAAACCCUCAACAGAGUGCAGUCGAUUGUGUAUCCUGUGGCCUACGAGACAAAUGAAAAUAUGCUUGUGUGUGCUCCUACGGGUGCUGGUAAAACAGACGUCGCCAUGUUGACCGUGCUUCGAUGUCUCUCUCAGCAUUGCACGCCUCCACCUCGAAAGGGCACCACCGAGAUUGACUUCACCAUUGCAAAAAACGACUUCAAGAUUGUCUAUGUAGCUCCCAUGAAAGCGCUUGCUGCAGAAAUUGUGGAAAAAAUGAGCAAGCGAUUGAAAUUUCUGGGUGUCAGUGUGCGUGAAUUGACAGGUGAUAUGCAAUUGACCAAAGCAGAGAUCAGUGCUACCCAGUUUAUUGUCACUACGCCCGAGAAAUGGGAUGUUAUUACCAGAAAGGGCACGGGCGAUGUGGAGUUGACGCAAAAGGUGAAGCUGUUGAUCAUUGAUGAAGUGCACCUGCUGCAUGAAGACCGUGGUGCUGUCAUUGAGAGUAUCAUUGCAAGGACUCUGCGUCAAGUCGAGUCCAGCCAGUCCUUGAUCCGUAUUGUAGGCUUAUCUGCCACGUUGCCAAACUAUGUUGAUGUCGCUGCCUUCCUGCGCGUCAACCCCUAUCAAGGCCUAUUCUACUUUGACAACGGCUUCAGACCUGUUCCUCUGGAGCAACAUUUCUUGGGCAUCAAAGGAAAGCCAAAUUCAACGCCUUCCAACGAACGCAUGAACCGUGCCUGUUUCGACAAAGUAUCCGAUCUGGUCAGGGAUGGCCAUCAAGUCAUGGUCUUUGUGCAUGCGAGAAAAGAAACGGUCAAAACGGCUCAGAUGUUGCGAGAAGAAGUAGCCAACGAGGGCAUGCUGGACGCCUUUGAUUGCUCAGAUUCACCAAAGUACACACAAUACAAGCGCGAUAUUACAAAGUCUCGCAACAAGGAGAUGAAAGAACUGUUUCAAUAUGGUUUUGGUAUACAUCAUGCUGGUAUGCUGCGAUCUGACCGUACCUUGACUGAAAGGAUGUUCCAAGACGGUGCGCUCAAGGUUCUCUGUUGUACCGCUACACUGGCCUGGGGUGUCAAUUUACCUGCUUAUGCGGUUGUCAUCAAGGGAACGCAAGUGUAUGAUUCCACCAAGGGUAGCUACGUGGAUCUCUCCAUCUUGGAUGUGCUUCAAAUCUUUGGUCGUGCGGGUCGUCCACAAUACGAAAGCCAUGGUGUGGGUUAUAUUUUGACGACACACGAUCGACUCUCCCACUACAUCUCUGCCAUCACGCAACAACAUCCCAUUGAAUCCAAAUUCAUUGAAAACAUUGUCGACAAUUUGAACGCUGAGAUCGCCUUGGGCACAGUGACCAACGUUGACGAAGCUGUGACAUGGCUCAGUUACACCUACUUGUACGUGCGCAUGAAGAAGAACCCCAUGAUUUACGGUAUGGACAAUGCAGAGCCCAUGAACGACCCUUUGCUAGGAAGAAAGCGACACGAAAUCAUCACUCUGGCUGCUCGCAAACUGGCGAAAUGCCAAAUGAUUAUCUUUGACGAGAACACGGGUUAUUUACUGCCCAAGGAUCUCGGCCGCAUCGCAUCCAACUUUUACAUCAAACACACUAGUAUUGAGAUUUUCAACACUAUGAUGAAGCCGCGCAUGACGGAAGCAGAUGUCUUGUCCAUGAUGAGUAUGAGUUCUGAAUUUGAUCAAAUCAAGUCGAGAGAUACUGAGCAUCAAGAGCUAAAAAAGCUGCUGGAAAACGCUUGUGCUUGUGAUAUCAGGGGCGGUACCGAAGACACGCAUGGCAAGGUCAAUAUUCUGCUGCAAUCCUACGUCUCCAACGCCUACAUUGACGACUUUGCACUGGUGUCUGAUUGUGCUUACGUUGCUCAAAACUCUGGCCGUAUUGCGCGUGCCUUGUUUGAAAUUGCUCUCAACAGAAACUGGGGACCUACAGCCUCUGUCUUGCUUCAAAUCAACAAGGCUGUUGAGAAGCGCAUGUGGACAUUCCAACAUCCCCUCAGACAAAUGGGUCUCCCUCACGACAUCAUCAACAAGAUUGAGAGCCGUACACACGAGGUAUCGAUUGAAGAAAUGCGCGACAUGGAUCCCAAUGAGUUGGGUGAACUGGUGCAUCAUCGUCGCAUGGGUAUGACCAUCUCUAAAUGCGUAGAUCAGUUCCCUAUGCUGCUGCUGGAUGCUCGUAUUGCUCCCAUCACCCGCAAUGUCUUGAAUGUGGAACUGACGGUGACUCCUGAUUUCGUAUGGAAUGACAAACUGCAUGGCAGUGUAGAGCCAUGGUACAUUUGGGCAGAAGACUCCGACAAUGUGGAAAUCUACUAUUCCGAAUACUUUUUGUUGUACAAGAAGCAGUUUGGCGAGCCCAUCAAGAUUGCAUUCACUGUACCUCUGGUGGAGCCACUUCCCUCUCAGAUCUACAUUCGUGCUGUGUCUGACAGAUGGCUCGGCGCUGAAACUAUCCUGCCUGUCUCCUUCCAGCACUUGAUCUUGCCUCAGCUAUAUCCACCUCAUACGGAUCUGCUUGAUUUGCAGCCUCUUCCCAUCACGGCUCUCAAAAACGAGGUCCUUGAAACCAUCUGUGCCAAGCGAUUCACGCACUUCAACCCUGUGCAGACUCAAAUCUUCCACACACUUUACAACACGGACAAAAACUCGCUGGUCGGUGCACCCACGGGUUCUGGCAAGACUGUCGCUGCUGAAUUAGUCAUGUGGGCUGCCUUCAGAGAUCGUCCUGGGUCCAAGGUGGUUUAUAUUGCCCCUAUGAAGGCUUUGGUCAAGGAAAGAGUGGCAGACUGGAACAAGCGAUUGACAGGACCUAUGAACAAGAAGUUGGUUGAACUGACCGGUGAUGUGACACCUGAUCUCAAGACGAUUGAAGCAGCGGAUAUCAUUAUUACAACACCCGAGAAAUGGGAUGGUAUCAGUCGUAGCUGGCAGAAGCGUAGCUAUGUGCGUGAUGUGUCCUGUGUCAUCAUUGACGAAAUCCAUCUGUUGGGCGGUGACCGUGGCCCCAUUCUCGAAGUCAUUGUGUCUCGUAUGAAUUACAUUGGCUCUCAAAUUGAUCAAAAGGUGCGCAUUGUGGGUCUCUCUACUGCCCUGGCUAAUGCCAUUGAUCUUGCUAACUGGCUGGGCAUUGAUAAAGUCGGAUUGUUCAAUUUUAGACACUCUGUACGUCCAGUACCCCUUGAAAUCUACAUUGAUGGGUUUCCUGGCAAGCACUACUGUCCCCGUAUGGCUACCAUGAACAAACCCACCUACGCUGCCAUCAAGACGCACUCGCCUACACAGCCCGUGAUUGUGUUUGUCUCAUCUCGUCGACAGACGCGUCUCACUGCGCAGGACUUGAUUGCUUACUGUGGCAUGGAGGACAACCCGCGUCAAUGGCUCCACAUGGAUGACAUGGAGAUGGAAAUGAUCUUGUCCAAUGUGCACGAUGAAUCGCUGCGUAUGUCUCUUGCAUUUGGUAUUGGUCUUCAUCACGCUGGCCUCAAGGAAAACGACCGUAAGAUUGUGGAGGAACUAUUCCUCAACCUGAAGAUCCAAAUUUUGAUUGCUACUAGUACAUUGGCGUGGGGCGUCAAUUUGCCUGCUCAUUUGGUCGUGAUCAAGGGCACCGAGUUUUACAAUUACAAGGAGCGUCGUUAUGUGGAUUUCCCCAUCACCGAUGUGCUGCAAAUGAUGGGUCGUGCUGGUCGUCCUCAGUUUGACAAUACCGGUAUCUCACGUGUAUUUGUACAAGACAGCAAAAAGAAUUUCUUUAAAAAGUUCUUGCACGAACCCUUCCCCGUCGAGUCCAGUCUUCACAAGUUUUUGGACGACCAUAUCAACGCUGAGAUCGUAGGUGGCACGAUCAAAUCAAAGCAAGAUGCCUUGGAUUACUUGACCUGGACCUACUUUUACCGUCGUCUACAGCAGAACCCCACUUACUACGGCUUGGAUGAUAUGACACAAAAGGGCGUAGACACAUUCUUAUCGAAUACCAUCAACGAUGUGGCACGUCGGUUGGAAGAGGCCGGCUGUAUUGAGAUUGUGGAUGAUUUUGAGCUGGUGCCAUUGAUCUCGGCCCGUAUUGCUUCCUAUUACUACCUCCAUCCCCAGACUGUGCGCCAUUUCCGUGAUCAUGUACACAAGGAUUCCAAGUUGGACGAUAUUCUAGAUGUGCUGGGUAAUGUACCAGAGUACGAGGAGCUUCCCGCACGUUGCCAGGAGGACUUGUUGAACCAGGAAAUUGAAAAGUUCAUUCCCUAUGAUGUGAAGGGUACUCCCAAUUUCAUCAGUCCCCAUGUGAAGGCCUAUGUGCUUGUGCAAGCGCACAUCAGUCGACUCGAGUUGCCUAGCUCUGAUUACAUUACCGAUCAAAUCACAGUGCUGGACUCUGCUAUUCGUUUCUCGCAAGCCAUGAUUGAUGUUGCAGCUGACACGGGUUAUCUGGAAACAAGUUUGACCAUCAUGACCAUGCUGCAGUGUAUCAAACAAGCACGCUGGCACGAUGAAUCGCCUCUCUUGACGUUGCCUCAUGUCACUCAAAGAAUGCUCAAUCACAUUCGUCACAAGGGCAAGCUUGUGAAAUCCUUAGCAGAUCUUACAAAGCUCCCGGAUAACCAAAUUAAGCAAAUCUUUUCAAAUGUCAGAGAUUUGGAUGAAAGAAGUGUAGAUGAGAUUCGCCGUGUGAUCAGCCGUUUACCCAAUAUCAGUGUCAAGGCAGAGAUUGAUACAAAGAAGCCGUACCUGAUUCCUGAAACAGAUUACAAAAUUUCCAUACAGUUGAACAGAUUUGUACGAGAUAAGAAGAAACCUCAUGAUGGUCGCAUCCAUUCACCACGUUUCCCCAAGCCCCAAUACGAAUCAUGGUGGAUUGUGCUCGGCAAUACAGAUAAUGGUGAAUUGUUGGGUCUAAAACGUGUUAGUAUGCGUAACGGCCCCAAUGAAACGCUCUCCAACAGAGUAAACACCAGUAUCUUGUUUGAGACACCUGAACAUCUCGGCAAACACAACUACACCUUGUACCUGAUCAGCGAUGGCUAUCUUGGAUUAGACCAAAAGAUUCCAAUCACGUUUGAAACUAGAUUAGACUUGGACUCUUGA